AUGCUAAGGGGGGCUAUCCAUGCCAAUGUAUUUCGUGUAGUUGCAUUUCUCACACUGGGGACGCUUUCCUUACCGUGUAGACCGAGCAACCUAUUCCUCUCACGGGCGACCUUUUCAUCGACAUCGUUGCAACGCACCGCGAGCCUCGCGCUCUCCGGCGAUUGCCCCGAGAAACGGGAUCCCGCCCGGCAGGACGGCGUCAACGUGGAGCAGGAGGAAUUCGCCGCGAGGUUCUUUGCCCGCCCCCUGCCUGAGCGCCUAGCCGCGAUCACGGUCGCCCGCUUUACGACCGCAACCACGAAGAAAAAGAAUGGCUCUGAGCCAGAGGGGAUGCCGUUGGUGCUGUUUCUGUCGCAAAUCCCCCAUUUGACACAAGAGACAAUUCUGCACGAUUCCGGCGAGGCCGUGCGGUGGAUUCAGCACACGGCACUCCUGGAAGUGGUCUUUGGGGACACCAGCCCGGCGGCCCCAGAGGAUCCCGCCGCGUUGUGUGGGGACAAUUCCUCUCCCCUCGUACGGGUGUGCAAUCGGGAGGCGUUGGAUGUUUUGAAGGCGAUAGAUAACUUGGAUAGCGCGCAGCACGCGACGGACCCCUACGCAUCGGGAAAGUCAAUGCAGACAGCAAGGGAGGAGAACGCAGAAAAGUUGCAGGUCACAUCGCAGGAACGGCACCAAACAAUCCUGAUGACGCUCAACGCGGUUCUCCAUUGUGAACACGACCGCACGAAGCAGCGGUACUGCUUUAUAAAUGAUGCCUAUCGUUGUGUUAUGCGCAGCGCCAGUGCGGAGACAUCGACCUCGAUGAAUGAAAACCCUCAUAGCGCUACUCUUCGCCAUAUCGCAUCUUCACUUCAAUACGAUGAUUUUGAAUCUUUAGUGCUGCAGGAUGAAGUUUUUCGAACUCAAUUUUGGGUGUAUCAGGAUCGCCUUAUCACCUGGCGUGAUCCGGAGGAGCUCUUGGCGCCGCGGUUUGAAAUACCCAUCUCGGAACAAUCCAAAGCAUGUCAAGAGAACAACUACUGCGGUUGGAACGCCCCAAUCAACGUGCCCACUCGCGAAGACGUCGCCGAGAUCCUUAAAUACAUCCCUGUGAACUGGGGAAACUUGGGGAACCUUGGGAUCCCGCCGGGGAUCAAAAAGUCGCGUAUCCGGUUGAGCAGCUCCUUGAUGUGGUUUCGGCGCCAACCGUAUUACUUUGAGGUGCGUGAUAUGGCGGGCACAAUUGAGAUCCGGCGCAGCGUCCUUUUGCAUCCGGAGGCGCAUGGCAUGACGCCGGAGGAGGCGCGUGAGCAGGUCAGUUUGGCAAUCGCCACUCGUAAAGCGAACAACUUGAUUCCACUAGGCGCCGAUGGCUACCCUCUCCAAGAGGAUUUGUCAACCGUUGAUAAGGCGAUUUGGAAAUUCUUUUACCGAGUAUCCCCGCCUUACUUUGUUCCUCUUUCCCUUAUUAUGCAGCGCUACACCAAGAAGAAUCUGACAGAAGAAAUUUUGCUUGAUAUGGCAAAACGGUUCAAGGAUGACUUUGAGGUAUAUGAGGUGCGCUAUGUGGGCCUACCACUUGUGAGAAAAAAACGUGUAGGUAUCGAUAGCUCUCGCUGGAGAAAAGGCUUCGUGGAAGAUUUAGAAAGGUACCCGGAGGAUGUUAAGGGCAUCAUUGUCAUCAUGAAACGCAUGUGCGCGAUCUGGGAUCGACCGGAGUACGUCUACGUACGAUUGAACUCAAAGGAGCAGCAAUGUGUAGGCGGCUAUAGCGGGAUGAUGCAAAUCCUCCAACGGCAUCCUGAGAUAUUUCGAGUUGGAAACCGAUUUGUUUGCCGUGUAGACUCCUCUGAUCCGUUUACGAAAGUGGAGGAGGAACCCUCAGUGACGGAUAUGACUUCACGGACCUACUUACGUGAUGAAAAUCCAUAUUUGUCGCCGCUUGAUAAUGCCAAAGUAUUCCAUUAUGCAAUGCCCCCUGAUAAGCCGUGCUCUCUGGAUUUUUUUCUCCAGUGCGCGAGCCCUGCAAUGCGCGUGGCGCUGCCAUCUCGAAUUGUUACCAUCAUCCAGCAGUUCCCCCGAUUGUUUGCAUGCAGGGAAAUGUCGCCUGGUGUAUACUCCGUUCACAAGAUCAACGCACCAACCACCAAUUCACCGUGCAGAGUGAAUGAGCAGAAGGUCCUCCACGGAAGUUUAUGCGAAGGUUAUAUUGCAGAUCGCAAUACCAAACAAACCGACGAUCAAAUUACAAGGAAGACCUCUAGUGGCGAUAGUCCGUGCGAUGACAACAACGUCAAGGAGGAGGAUAGUUCAUGGCUUUUAGAAAGCGAGAUAGCUGCCGAAGCUGACCUAUCCCGCACAGUUGUGAUUGAUGCCGUAAAAGAUCUCAUUCCACCUAACGGUGUCGAAAGUGCGAACCUGUUAUUUUGGGCCUCUAUGAGCGUUCAACGUGCUGCGAAUCAUCACUAUGGUGGGCUUAUCAAGAUGGUGGAGUCCGAAAAGAAACACUUCAGGGUAGUUGAUAGCGCAGAUUCUAAAAUGAUUUAUUGUGCAUAG